AUGGCGCAAGUUGACGAUACGUUACAGAUGAUCAAUAGAAGAUUUGAUGCUAGUGAUGAGCAUACCAAGGAAUUGAGAGGUGAUUUAGCUAAUAUUGGGAAAAAGUUGGAUGUACAUGUGGUCUCCAUUAAGCAUCUUGAGUUACAAAUGGGCCAACUACUAAGAAGAGAUGAGAAAAGACGAACUAGUAGGGAAUUGGUGGACAAAACAACGAAAGAAGUAGAGGUACCCCAGAAAGUGAACCCUAUUCCUAGACAUCAACCACCAUUCCCUCAAGGAUUGGGGAAGAAGACUGAGGAUAAAAAAUACCGCUGUUUUAUCACUAUGUUGAAACAACUUUCCAUCAAUAACCCUUCGAAAGAAGCUUUGGAACAAAUUCCCGAUUAUGCUAAGUUCAUGAUGGAUAUGGUUACAAAGAAGAGAUCGGUAAGUUUUGAGGAUAAUGACCGAAUGCAACAUUGUAGUGCUAUUGCUACAAGAUCUCUUGUGCAUAAGAAGGAAGAUCCAGGCGCUUUGACUAUUCCAUGUAAUAUCGGAUUAUUACACUUUGCCAAAGCACUAUGUGAUCUAGGCGCUAGCAUAAACUUCGUGCCUCUUUCCAAUUCUAGGAAAUUGGGUUUGGGUGACACAAAGCCCACUGCAAUUCGCUUACUGAAGGUCGAUCGAACAGUAAUAAGGCCCAUCAGGAUACUCCAUGAUAUGCUCAUGAAAGUGGAUUCAUUUAUAUUUCCAUCCGAUUUUAUGAUUCUUCACUGUGAGGUGAACUUUGUGGUCUCUAUUAUUCUUGGGAGGCCGUUCCUUACCAAUUGUCGUGCCUUAAUUGAUAUGGAGAAAGAGUAG